UCUGCCUUCAGCAACAACGUGCUUGUGGCCUAUGACCUGCUAACCAAGACAGGGCCCCAGCGGCAUGGAGGAGGGAGACCCAGUGGCCAUGCUGGUCCCUGCAGCUCUAACAGCCCAGGUGGAGGUGGAGGUGGGGGGCUCAGGGGCCGCCUCUACACACACACCCUCUAGGUAGCGUAUACAAUUGAUAAUUCAUACUGUAUAAUAUACACUGCUGGUUUUUAAGAUCCCUGAUUUCAGAAACCAUUAAUUACCGUUGUGCUCUUGAGCAAGGCACUGCAGCUGACCCUGCUCCUCUCAAGUGCUGUGUUUGUGUGUUGUCUUGUCUGAGGGGUUUUGGAGCAGAGCAAAAUACCCAUUUCUGUUGUAGAUGGAAAUCUAAGUAAUAUUCUGUUCUGCUCAAUUCCCUUCUCCAGUGUCUCUGCAGCGAGGGGGGUGUCCCCAUCUCCACCUCAGCCCCCCUGCUAAACCGGCUCCAUGGGACAGUGCCCUACAACGUCUUCAGGCACGGUGUGCUGUGUUCUUUGACUACAUAUGGCGGGCACAGAGACUGUAUGCAGAGGGACCUGCUGGUCGGGCACUGCAUCUGGCGGUGCUGGGCACCCUCCACGAAGCCCUGGAGACCUCCCAAUCCGACGGCGGCUCCUCUGAUGCAAACCGCUACACUAACACUUAA